GCCCGCUCCGCCGCCAGCCCCGGCCGCCUCCCGCCGCCGCAGGAGCCGCGCCGCCGCCAGCCCUCCAGAAUUUGUUCCUGCAGUGAAGAGGCCAAGGAGGCUGUGCCUUUUCAAGUAGGGUGAAGAAUGUUGGAAGAUUCUGAGACGGAAAUGCCUUAAGGGACACAGCCCCAGAUAAGGCAGCCUCUUGUUCUUUCUGGCCCUCAAGGGUCCACUCUGUGUGACAGCGUCUACCUGCCCGGUCAGCUUCUGCUUCUUGGUGCAAAACAACAAGAGAAGGAAGUUAAGAAGCUAUUCCUGUAAUUUAUCCUAUAACUCCAGCUGGUCCAUUAAGAGACUAAGUUCCCUGGAGAGGGGGAAAACUGCAGGCCUCUGAGGUUAAACCACCUCCUACAGCUUUGAAGGAAGCCGACCUGGAAGACUUGGAGUCCCAGUUAUGAGUCAAACCUGACUCAUGAAAUGGACUAAGGCUUGAGGAGCAUCACCUCCUCCUCUGUGGGUCUGAGACACAACUGGGAUGGUGGUAAGAGUAAACAACUAGACUCCAGCUGCAGCAAUGAGUUCAGACGAGAGGGGCAUCUCCCCGGCUCAUAAAACCUCCACCCCAACCCAUCGAAGUGCCUCUUCCUCCACGUCCUCCCAGAGGGAUAGUCGGCAGGGGACCCACAUCCUGGAGAGGACAGCCUCCUCCGGCACGGAGCCCUCUGUGAGUCGCCAGUUGCUUGAGCCUGAGCCGGGUCCUCCAUCCAAGGGAUGGAACCUGGGCUUCACACAGGUGAGGCACGAGCUUUACCCUGAGCCACAUCCCGGCACAGAAAUCUAUCAUUUUUAUGGAAAUUUUAAAUCUCUUUUUCUGGAAGCUGACAGCUGGGAAAUUAUAGAAGGGCUGAAGAUAGGCCAAACCAAUGUCCAGAGACCAGAUAAGCAUGAAGGCUUUAUGCUGAAAAAAAGAAAAUGGCCUUUAAAGGGCUGGCACAAGCGUUUUUUUGUCCUGGAUAAUGGAAUGUUAAAGUAUUCAAAGGCACCACUCGAUAUUCAGAAAGGAAAGGUUCAUGGGAGCAUCGAUGUGGGACUCUCGGUUAUGUCAAUUAAAAAGAAAGCUCGACGAAUAGACCUCGACACGGAAGAACACAUCUACCACUUGAAGGUGAAAUCCCAGGAUUGGUUUGAUGGAUGGGUCUCUAAACUGCGCCACCAUCGAUUGUAUCGACAAAAUGAAAUUGUAAGAUCACCACGAGAUGCUAGCUUUCACAUAUUUCCUUCAACUUCCACAGCUGAGUCUUCACCAGCUGCCAAUAUGUCCAUUGUGGAUGGAAAGGUGCAGCCGAACAACUUCCCGUGGCAGUCCCCACUGCCCAGCAGCAGCAGCCUGCCCGCCUCCUGCACCACCGGCCCCAGCAAGGUGGCGGCCUGGCUGCAGGACUCGGAGGAGAUGGACAGGUGUGCCGAAGAUCUUGCACACUGUCAGUCUAACCUUGUGGAACUUAGCAAACUCCUGCAAAAUUUGGAAAUACUUCAGCGAACUCAAUCAGCUCCUAACUUUACUGACAUGCAGGCUAACUGUGUAGAUAUUUCAAAGAAAGACAAGCGAGUCACAAGAAGAUGGAGAACAAAAAGUGUCAGCAAAGAUACAAAAAUACAGCUGCAGGAAGGGCCACCUGCGAAGGGCCAGUUCAGCACCACCAGGCGCCGACAGAGGCUUGCAGCAGCAGUAGCUACAACAGGAAAAGCUACAUCUGAAGGACCCUCUAUCCAUUCUCAACUGCCCUCACCACAGGCUACAGCUCAGGUCCCAUUCAGCGCUACCAUGUCGCCAGUUCGCUUGCAUUCCUCCAAUCCCAACCUCUGUGCAGAUAUUGAGUUUCAGACACCCCCUAGUCACCUCACCGACCCUCUGGAAAGUUCUACGGAUUACACUAAACUUCAAGAAGAAUUUUGUCUGAUUGCACAGAAAGUGCACUCACUUUUGAAGUCUGCAUUUAAUAGCAUUGCGAUAGAGAAGGAGAAGCUGAAGCAGAUGGUUUCUGAGCAGGAUCACAAUAAGGGCCACGGCACUCACAUGGCUCGCCUCCGGCAGUCCCUGUCUCAGAGUGAAGGACCAAGCAAAUCCUGGGCACUUAACCAGAAUGCUGAACUAAGGAGUCGGUUGAACAGAAUACAUUCAGAAUCUAUUAUUUGUGAUCAGGUUGUCAGUGUAAAUAUUAUUCCUAGCCCUGAUGAGGCUGGCGAGCAAAUUCAUGUCAGUCUCCCUCUGUCACAGCAAGUAGCCAAUGAGAGUCGCCUCUCCAUGUCAGAAUCUGUCUCUGAGUUCUUCGAUGCUCAAGAGGUGCUCCUCUCUGCAAGCUCAUCAGAAAAUGAGGCUUCAGAUGAUGAGUCUUACAUCAGUGAUGUUAGUGAUAAUAUAUCUGAAGAUAAUACCAGUGUUGCAGAUAACAUUUCUCGGCAAAUCCUGAAUGGGGAGCUCACUGGAGGCGCCUUCCGGAACGGACGUCGAACAUGCUUGCCCGCCCCCUGUCCUGACACCAGUAACAUUAACCUGUGGAACAUCUUGAGGAACAACAUCGGCAAAGAUCUGUCCAAAGUGUCCAUGCCAGUGGAGCUAAAUGAGCCACUCAACACUCUGCAGCAUCUCUGUGAGGAAAUCGAGUACAGCGAGCUCCUGGACAAAGCCUCAGAGACCGACGAUCCCUAUGAGCGGAUGGUUCUUAUUGCUGCGUUUGCAGUUUCAGGAUAUUGCUCCACCUAUUUCAGAGCAGGAAGCAAGCCAUUCAACCCUGUCCUCGGGGAGACUUAUGAGUGCAUUCGAGAGGACAAGGGAUUCCGAUUUUUCUCAGAACAGGUUAGCCAUCAUCCACCCAUUUCUGCCUGUCACUGUGAAUCCAAGAAUUUUGUGUUUUGGCAAGAUAUCAGAUGGAAAAACAAGUUCUGGGGCAAGUCAAUGGAAAUCCUGCCAGUGGGCACCUUGAAUGUCGUGCUUCCUAGGUAUGGAGAUUGCUAUGUGUGGAAUAAAGUCACCACAUGCAUACACAACAUUCUCAGUGGGAGGAGAUGGAUAGAACAUUACGGAGAAAUUACCAUUAGAAAUACCAAAAGCAGUGUUUGCAUUUGCAAACUCACAUUUAUCAAGGUGAAUUACUGGAACUCGAAUGUGAAUGAAGUGCAAGGGGUCGUGAUAGAUCAGGAGGGGAAAGCAGUGCACCGGCUGUUUGGCAAGUGGCAUGAGGGACUCUACUGUGGCGUGGCCCCUUCUGCAAAGUGCGUGUGGAGACCAGGUUCCAUGCCAACCAACUAUGAGCUCUACUAUGGCUUCACCAGGUUUGCUAUUGAACUCAAUGAGUUGGAUCCUGUACUCAAAGACCUCCUUCCGCCGACAGAUGCCCGAUUCCGACCAGAUCAGAGAUUUUUGGAAGAAGGAAAUUUAGAAGCUGCGGCAGCAGAGAAGCAAAGAGUUGAGGAACUGCAGAGAUCUCGAAGGCGAUACAUGGAAGAAAACAACCUUGAACAUAUACCAAAAUUUUUUAAAAAAGUGAUUGAUGCCAAUCAGAGAGAAGCCUGGGUUUCUAACGACACCUACUGGGAACUGCGAAAGGACCCUGGGUUUAGCAAAGUAGACAGCCCAGUUCUUUGGUAAACUGGGAAUGUAAAGCUAGCCAACAUAUCAUGCUCUGAAUGAAUAAAUAACUAUGCACAAUUAUGUUUCUUAGAGCUCCGCGUGGUUUCUGGGUUGACUGAAAACCAACCAUUUGCUUUUCUAUUCAUCUUUAUAAUGGACUCUCAGAAGUGCAUUAGACAAGACCCCUAACCACUUUUGGAUCCUUUCUGUUUUGCUGCAACCAUAUUCCUUAAACAACAUCCACACCCUCCUCAAAAAGCUGAAUACAAGGACCAGAAGAUAAAACCCAAAGCUUGAAGAGUUUGUAAAGAAAAAAACAUACUGUAACUGGUGCUUACAGCUGAUGCAGAGAGUUGAAAGCAACAUGACAUAGAAACCACACGUUGGUCCUGUUUCAGGACGGCAUCACCUCUGAACCAUAGGAGCUCCUGGGCCAUGGCUGCCAACCUGCUCAGACUUGGAAUGUCUGUUUGAUGUGGUGUACUUGUGCCGGCCUUGUCAAAAACAGCGUGAUGCUUCUCAGAACCUGUUCCAUCUGUACGCCAUUGUUCAUGCCUUAAGAAAUGCAAAGAUGUACAAUAAAUCAUUUUCUCAAUGUGUGCGCAUAGGUUUAUGUGAAGGACAGUUCUUUGAAUCAUGGCAUGAUUCACUUUCUGGAAUCCAAGCAAUUAUGAGACUGAUUUUGGUGGAUGAAAAAAGUAAACCACUGGAGCUUACCCUGAUGGGUUUCCAUAGAAUAUCUGAAGGAUAAGAAGGAAAAGGUAUGCUGCUAAGUAGAUCUCUGUAUUCAUGUUGCUCAUUAAGUUCCAUUCCUGCAUCUAAGUAAUAAAUCUUCCUCUUCUACUUACCCUCACAAUCUGCCUGAUAUUUGGCAAAAUCUGUAUUUGAUUUGAACACUUGGCACCAGUGUUAAAACCAUGGAAGGAAAAUAAUGAAAGGCAUGUGGGAUUCCUGAUUUCUGCAUGGGUUUAGGAGUACUGUGAGCCAAAGUAUUUGAAGCACAAUGUAACACUAGUGUGUCCUAUGCUCAGCCAUUGGCAGUAGUGAAAUUUCACUGAGAACGGAAGCAAGAAUACUAGUGGCUUAUUUGUUUAAAUAAGUCUAUGCAAAAUCACAUAUUGUAUUUUUAUCACGUCCUUCUAUAUCAUACAAGACCACAUGUUAAACAUUUACCUUUCUAUAGGCAGAGCUAACUUAAGGUAAGGAAUGUAUCCAUCCCAACUAGGUAGCGGGCAGGAGGGAAAGACAUGUUUUGCCUACUUCAGGUUUUAUUUUUUUCUCCACUAGUAUAAGAAACUUUUGUAGAAAAAUUGCAUCAGUAUCCCUGAGUUUAUGCACGUAAGUCACUAUGUAAAUGCCUGAAUAUUCUUUAAAAAUCUCUUGAGAGAUUUUCCUCAAGAAUUAUAAAAUUACAUAUAUUUUAUUCCUAGGUUUGGAUUGUUAGAUUCUUACCAUCAGGUUUUAAGUGUUAUUUUAAACUCCAAUAACAAUAUUAUUGACAUUUUCCAUUUUGUUAUGAAGUGUUGAGUUUAGGUUUAUUUGUCCUCAGCUAACGUUCCUAAUAAUGACAGGUACACUAUCAAACCAAAACUGCUGAUGAGAGCAGAAGGAAAAACUCUGAAGUUUCACGAGAUUUCAAUUAUUGUAAAACUUAUCCCUGGCUUUUACCUGCGUCCAUAUCUCAGAUGUGUACAGUCUGCGCUGGUUUCAAGUGAAAUUUCAGUCUCCAGCACAGUCCUUAGUCUGUCUCCAGAUCUGAGCAUUCCGACACCCUUUGUCAAUACCUUUACUCUGCCUUGUUAGUCAGCACAUAUCCUGCUCAUUCAUCUUGAUGUCUUUUUAUUUGCAUCCCGAAACACAUGCCUUUCAUUUUAAUCAGAAUUCUAUUGAUUUCUUCAUAGAAGUCUGUUCUCCCACCUUUGGUAAAGCUUUAAAUGCUAUUUAUAGUGGUUUGGGGAUAAACUUAUUCUCAUUUCCCUGAGCAUUCUCCAGACAUUUAUCCUAAAGAUAAGAGGAGACUUCUGCAAACUAGAGUCAAGGAGAUGGUUCAAAAGGAGCUCAAAGGCUAGAAUGUCUGCCCGGCCUGCACAGUGUUCUGGCUGCCAUACCCAGCAUCAGAUGAUCUCCCAAGCAGCACCAGGUCUGACCCUGGUCACCCCCCCCCCCAUAACUGCUAGAGACCCCUCCCCACCUCCAAAAACAAAUUUUGUAAAGUAAAGGCAUGACAUGUAGACAAAUAAGAAAAUGAGGUCUUGGGUGCCUGUAUCAGUCAGCUGAAUCAGGACUCUGCCCCCAUUAGGGAAGUAACUACCACACCUCGGCAGCUGAGCUGCAGUUGAGAAAAAGAAUAACUCGAAGAAAGAACCUAUAUGUUUAAACAACAAAUCAGGUAGAAUGUUAUUCAGCACUAACUGAAACUGAUUAGCAUUUCAAGAUGAGAAUGAGACAAAUGUCAAAUUAAUCAAAAGUACCACUCCUUAUAAUUUAGAAUCUCUCUUGAGAUUUCUGUAUCCUAAUGAAACUUCCAUUUAUUAAUCAGUUAGGUUUUAGAUAAUACUCCUAGAACCACCUAUUCACAAAUAUCCCCACCAAUAAUAUAGGUUUAAGGACCUCACCCCCAUUUCUUUCUUUUUUUUUUUUAAUUUUGACUAGAUAAGGUAGCAUAGAAUUACAAGAUCAUCCUAUUUGGAAUUUUCAUCUGUAUAAUUUUGAGGCAAAAGAGUAGACUAAUCUCAGCUCAUUCCUGAUAAGCCUGAUUUGUCUCUUAGAAUUUUAUAAUCAUAAAAACCUUUUCACUCCUAGGGCAUUUUUAUUACUUUUCCCUGUAAUGAUCUCAGUUAGAGGAAUACCUAAGAUAGCAUUCCCCUCUCUGUAAUUUACCCCUGAGCUCUUUCAUCUUUUCGAGCAGGUCAUUAGGGAAAGAGUAAUAAAUGACAAUGGUCCCAUAUAUGUGGCUAGACUGAACAGGACAACGGUAUAUGUUGGACGUGUAGGAGCCAGAAAUUUGGUUUUGAUUCUGUAUGCUGCCACCCAGGGGCAAAUGUACUCUCAGAUUUUGCAAUUGUUUUUAUCAUGAUUAAGUUUAUUAUUUCUUGUGGAUCCCUUUGAAAUACCUUAAGAUUUCCAGGCACUAGGAAAGAAAAACAACUUCCUUUGUGAGAUCUUUUGACGUUCUCUAUCAGUUAUGUGUGACACAAAAACUACCAAAUGUAUUCUGGGUGAGGAGAACCCAAGGGUUUUUCCAUACAAUGGGAUGCUAGAUGGUUGGUUUUCCAGACCUCUUGCUCCUCUGAAUUAUUCUUGCCCCAUGCCUUUCUCAAAAUACCACUGAGCAUCCUUAGCUCCUACCCCCAGGAACCACAGAGGAGCAGGGUGAAAGAGAACUGAUUUACUAACUGUUCUGCUUAGUUCUAGUUACAGCCCUGACUGGGGAAGAGUUCUUGAUCAGAGUCUAAAAUACAUCUUUGUUCAUGCCUUGUGGAUUUUAAUUAUCCAUCUAGUCUAAUCUUGUUCUGUCAUCCUAGAAAAUGAAGUGUUUGUGGGAGUGGAACUCUUCACACAGCAGGGGGUGUAACAACAGUUUGCACUUGGCUUAAGUCGGUAUAUUCUGAAUGUGGCACAGUAAAUAAAGUUUGUGUACAAAAUAUUAGUUUAUUUCUAUGGGAGCCAUUAUGUUCAGAUAUAUAAAGUGUAUCUAAUUAAACAAUUAUGACUCUG